GUGUUUCCUGCAAUAAAAAAGUUCAUGAGUAGCUUUAAUGGACAAACAAUAGAUAAAGAGAUGUCACAUUGGAGCUGGAAGAGAAAGGAGAAAGAAAGGGCAGAAGGACCUGGGGACUGUGAAAACGGGACAAAGUAGCAGGAAAGCAAGGGGUUGACCAGUCUUCCUCUCCUUGAGCAGUCCAGAGGGGGUAGGACUUUGUUCUUCUAAGGCACGGCCGGUCGAAAGCUGAGUGAAUAUGUUACACAGCCCACUAGUUUAUAAGUCAUCCCCUUAAAACCCACCAGGAAGGGAAGAGGGAGAGAAGGAAGGGGAGGGAGAAGCAGGAACAGAGGAGCGAGACUAACAAAAAAAAAGAAGCAUCAAAGUCAAGUGGAACUCUGGGCUUUUCCAACAUUACAACAACAUAAUUAUCCCGUUUCCAGUAGCGUGGUCCAGCUGCUGCAGGGAUGUGGAUGGAUACAAAAACGGAGUCAAAGGAGGCCAGCAGGACUCGUUCCAGCCUCAGACGGUGCGUGUUGAGCGGUCUGCUGCUGUGUGCUGGGGACAUGGAGCACUUUGAUAAGUACAUGCAGGACAAGUUGUUUGUGCUGCAGCUGGUGGUGUGGGGCCUGAGAGGGGUGACCAGGGUGAUCCUAGCCAACAACCCGCUGAGUGGUGCUCUCAUUCUGGCUGCACUGUACUGGGCCUCCCCCUGGCAGGCCCUGCUGGGAACUUUGGGCGUACUGGCCUCUACGCUAACAGCUGUUCUAAUGGGCCAAGACAGCGCUGAGGUGUCAGGAGGUCUCCAUGGUUUUAACGGCAUGUUGGUGUCUCUGCUGAUGGGGGUGUUCAGCUCAGCCGGAGACUGGUGCUGGUGGCUGCUGCUGCCUGCCUGCUUGGGGUCAGCCACAUGUGUCUUUCUAUCCAGUGGUCUCUCGCCAGUGUUCGAGCGCUGGGACUUGCCUGUCGGUGUGUUUCCCUUCAACAUUAUCAUUAUCCUCUACCUCCUUUGUACCGGCCCAGACAACCCGUACUACCCUCACCACCCGGCAACGCCCCCAGGGCUGCUGGAGCCCAACGGCACAGAGCUCAUUGCAGUAGAGGUAAUGCUUGGCAUCCCUCUGGGUGUGGGUCAGAUCUUUGCCUGUGGAGCUCUGGGGCCCUCCCUCCUCAUCCUGGGAGCUGUUCUGCUCUACUCCCCCCUGCUGGCCGCCCAUGCUCUGCUGGGAUCAGCAGUUGGAACGCUGGUUGGUUUAUCCAUGGCGGUGCGUCAUGAUUUUCUGUAUUCGGGUCUCUCUGGGUUUAAUGGAGCUCUGGGCUGCAUGACUGUUGGAGGACUCUACUUCACCUUCAGCUGGAGGACCCACCUCUUUGCCAUCGCCAGUGCCUUCCUCUCUGCAUAUGCUGACGUCGCUCUGGGCAAUCUCCUGGGAACUGUUGGUCUCCCAGCAUGCAGUUGGGCAGCUACUCUGACGGCCACACUGAUGUUGCUGAUGACCGGCAGUUUAGCAGGGUACCGCAUCCCGAUUGGUCGAGUCAUGGCUCCUGAACACAACCUGUGCUCCCACAGCCAAUGGGAAGCUGGGGACACCGCGGACAGGGAGAGCACUGAUGUCUAACGCUAGGACACACA